AGAAAGCAAGAAAGAGAGAAAGAAAGCAAGAAAGAGAGAAAGAAAGCAAGAAAGAGAAAGAAAGCAAGAAAGAGAGAAAGAAAGCAAGAAAGAGAGAAAGAAAGC